AUGAUUGCGGUAUCAGAGCUGGGCGAUAAAACGUUCUUAAUAGCAGCAGUGAUGGCCAUGAAGCAUCCACGGUUGGCGGUGUUUGUGGGUGCAUUCUCUGCACUAUCGUUAAUGGCAAUUUUAUCAUCCUAUCUCGGUCACGUUGUGCCAAACUUACUUCCAAAGCAGUACACGGACAUCAUCGCUGCUGUUCUGUUUUUCUUUUUCGGCAUUCGCAUGACUUUGGAAGCUCGUCGUAUGAAACGCCAAGAAGAGAUACAACAGCGACACUGUGGCAAUGGCCACGAUGAAGUAGAAGAGGAAGAGAGCAAAACGGAACUACAGCAGUAUAUGCUACCAGAAGAAGGAGACGACGACGAGGAGGAGCAUGAAGAAGAAAAGAAAAAGAAGCGCCAACAACAGCCGGUUUUGGUGGAGGCAUUUGUGCUUACCUUCUUGGGCGAGUGGGGAGAUAAAUCGCAGAUAUCGACGAUUGCUUUGGCAGCUUCCAAUAAUGUCUACUGGGUGGCAUCAGGCGUCAUCGUCGGCCAUGGCAUAUGCACAGCUCUAGCAGUAUUAGGGGGACGGCUGAUUGCAGAUCGUAUUUCUGUUAGAACAGUGACCAUGGUUGGCGCCAUGAUGUUUAUCGCCUUUGGGAUCGUGUACAGCCACCACGCCUACCGAGAGAAUAGCAGCACAUGCACUGAUAUUGGCUGCGUGUAA